GCCCAAGUUAGUUAAAACUUAAAACUUAAAGCCCAAACAGAAAGUAAUUGAUUAAUUGUUACAUUUAUGAACAUAAUCAUUUCGUUUCCCACCCUCAUAUUAAUUUUUGCCGCUCCUUCUAAACGGCACCGUUCCCAACAGUACAUAUCCCCUUUUCAGGUUUUUACACGUGUAUUUAUAACCUUGCCCCCUUAUCCCUCUCUCCAUUUCACUACCCAAAAUGUGUGGGGUAAAUAAAAAUCAACCACCCAGCCUCCAAUCCCCGAUUACUUUUUUCAAAAUAAAAAAAAAUAUAAAAAAAAGAAUCUCCAAUCUCCUCGAUCCGGCUGCUCAAGGUCACGACGACCGGGAAACCGACUCGGCCAGUUUCCCGAUCUUCUCCACGAGCUCCGGCGACAGUUUCUUCUCCGGCAUCUUCCUCCUCUCCUUUUCCGGUCGGCGAUCGAACCCCAGCGCGUCGGAGACUUCCUCGGAGCUCCACCCUGCUUUCCGGAGCGAAUCUGAGAACCGAUCCGCUUUCACCAGCAGCGCGUCCAGCACGGCCUGGUUGUCUAGCAGCACCAUCUCCCCUUCGAAGAAUCCGGAGCCGGACACCUGGACGAUUUCCUCCACGUCGGACUCGCUCCACCCGCCUUCCCUCAACACCGACCCGAUUCGGCCGACGUACUCGUCCACCCACCGCGGCGCCGCCUCCGAUCUCGGCAUCUCGAAGAAUCGCUCCGGCGAAGAAGACGAGUCCGAGGAGGACGAAGAUGCAGAGUUCCUCCGCCGCCGGUCCACCGCCGCGUCGCUCCAGAACUCCACCCAUCUCGGCGUUCUGUUCGCGAGGCCCGUGUCCAGGCUCCGCCGGGAAAAAUUGGACGACGACGACGAGGAGGAGGACCCGGCUGACUUCUCGCUGACAGAUCUCUGCUUGGUGAGGAGAAUCGGGUCGGAUUCGGACUCAAACCCGGCUGCAAACAGGGAUUCUCGGUCGAAGAAAUCGGACAGAUCCAGCCCGCAGCAGAAGAUCCGAGUCUCGUCCAAGAAGAAGAUCGGAUUCCCAGCCAGCGACGGGUUGCAAGGGAUGUAG